AUGGCGCUGCAGCUGAAGAACGGGGAUGCAGCGUACUACCAGAGUGCAGAAUACUGCAGAAAUUACACCUCGCCGCCUGUCAGCUACGGUGACAGCAGCCAUUAUCUUGCCCGAUUGCCAGGCCCAGAGACCAUGUUGAAGCCUCCUCUGAGUCUCUUCAGCCAUCCCCAGCAGCCUUUCCAACACAUGGAUUCUCUGCACCAGCUGGGACCUCCACCAAUGGCUCCUACACAGCCUCUUGGCCCACCACCCAUAGCCCCCGCUCAAGCCAUUGGACCCCCAACUAUGGUUCCCACCCAGACUCUAGGGCCCCCUCCCAUGACUGCAACUCACACGUUAAGGCCUCCCCCGAUUACCCCACCACACAGCUUAGUCCCCCCUCCGAUGGCCCCAGCUCAGCCGCUGAGGCUUCCACCAAUGGCACACACCUUGGGGCCCCCACCUGUAGAUCACACACAAGCAACAGUGCCUCCAACCAUGGACCUCACACAACCGUUAGGGCCUCCACCUCUGAACCAUGCACAUGCACUGGUGCCCCCACCUGUAGUGGCCCCCGUUGCCGGGCGAUUCCCCCUCCCUCCCAGCCCCCUGUCCUCCCCUCCUGCUCCAGGCCCAGACCCCUCACAGAUGCCCCCAAGGCCCCCAGGACCGGCCCUUAUCCCUGCCCCGGUGUCCUGCCUCAUCCCUGGCCCUCUCCCGGGUCAGGCCGCCCCAGCCAGCGAGCAGCCUCAGGAUGAAGGUUCUCCGCUGGGUGUGGAGGAGCAGGAGGACUCUCUGGGGCUGGGGGAACUGUGUAAACCUCUUUACUGUAAACUCUGCAAUGUUACCCUCAACUCUGCUCAGCAGGCACAGGCUCACUACCAGGGGAAGAACCACAGCAAAAAGUUAAGAAAUUUCUACGCUGGCAGCCAACAGCCUCCAGCGAUCAGGAUCCCAGAAGUCCUCGAGGCGGCUGGCCAGACAGCCCUCAGCUCAGGAUCCAACGACAGUGACGCAGGCAGGCAGGGGUUGUAUAAGGGGGCGACCCGGGUCAUCUUGGCCACAGAGAAUGACUAUUGUAAGCUGUGUGACGCCUCCUUCAGUUCACCGGCAGUUGCGCAGGCCCACUACCAGGGCAAGAACCACGCCAAGAAGCUGCGGCUCGCUGAGGCCCAACAGAACUCCAUUAACAUGUAGGUUGAAGCAGCCCCGAGAAGAAACAGGAAAGAUGGCAGUGAGUACAGACUGGUGAAAAACCGCCGCAGCCCACAGCUACCUGCAUCCAUGCCAGGGCCAUACUACAACCCCAGACCGAGGCAGCGAAUCCCCAGGGACUUGGCCAUGUGCGUGACUCCCAGCGGACAGUUCUACUGCUCCAUGUGCAACUGCGGAGCCGAGCAGGAGACGGACUUCAGGCAGCAUCUGGAGAGCAAGCAGCACAAAGCGAAAGUGUCAGAGUUAAGAUACCGCCACGAGAUGGAGAACCUCGGCUACAGCUAA